GCGACGAAGUUAAAGAGCGGCGACAUGUCGCAGAAGGCGAUGAUCGCCAUGGUGUGCAAGAGGGCCCAUGCGAUCGGUAUGUACACUCUGUCCGAGGGGAGCAAGGGUCAACUCGCAGCGGUGGUAUCGUCCCAACUCACUGGCGUUACCAACGACAUGUGGUACGACAUUCUGGUGCAGGUCAAGCUGAAGCUGGCUACCAUGAAGGCGCGAGACUGGAAACACCGAACUAUAUGGGAAUACGAUUCUCCAGACUCCCUCGAGAGCGAAUCGUGGUACUAUACAGCGUACCCCGAGGGAGACCCGCCACGCGGGCAGGACUGGUACAUCGACGAGCCCGACUUCGUGCGACUGAGCAGUCGCCUGAUGAAGGGCGGCAAGCACGCGGCCAAGCAAGUGCGGGACGACCGCCCCGCCCCGCCGCCGCCGACCGCCCCGCCUCCCGCCAUUGGCGACUUCGGCGCCUACAAAUCCAUGUACGGGGCGAUGAACGCGUACCAUAUGUACGCUCAUCCAGGAACGCCCGCCCCGCUCGGCGACUUAUCUGAUGAGGAGGCAGCGCUUCGCAAGACAGUGCGCAACCGUAAGGAGGCCGUGGCCCUGAAUAAACGUGCAGCAGCUGCUGGGGGCGAUGCCGAUGGCGUCGAGGGCGCCGACGACGAUGGCGACGAACUCGCCGACGAGGAGGGGGGCCCGCCGAAGAAGGUCAUGAAGGGCGCCCCGCCGAAGAAGGCCAUGAAGGUGGCCAUGCGGAGGCCCUCGGCGAAGCCGAAGCCGCUGCCCAAGGCCCCGAUGACGGGGGCCCCGAAGGUCGAGUACCGCGCGGGGUAUAUACUCACGCAGCCAGACAAGUCCCAGUACAGGGCUGUCCUGGGGCGGUCAGACAGGCGCAUCCGCUGGGGCACGGGCAGCACGCGCCAGGAGGCUUUCACCAAGGCGAUGAAGUGCAUAGACGAGCGCUCGUAG